AUGAGAGAUGGGUCUCUCAUGAUCGGGGCUGCGGCCGACGUCGACCCCCUAGGGGACGCUGAGGGCGACUGGGAGUCCGAGCACCCUCUGUUCAUGACCAGAAUCUCAGAUCACUCGAACGAGAAACUCAUGGCCCUCCAGGAACUGAAGUACGGCCUGUCCGAGCCGGAAGGACGUGCUGACUGCUACAAGGAUCAGGGGAACUAUUUUUUCCAAAAAGGUCCGAAGUUUUACAAGCAGGCCAGAGAAUGGUAUUCCAAGGCGAUAGCGGAGCCGGUUGAUUCUGACCGCCUGUCAGUCUACUACGCAAAUCGCGCCGCUGUGGAGCUGAAGUUGGAGAACUACCGGCGCGCUCUAGAAGACUGCGAGUCCUCCGUAAAGCACAAUGCCUCGAACAUUAAGGCGCACUUUCGCGCGGCCAAGGCCCUUUGCGGCCUGCGCAGGUAUUCGGAAGCAUUGUCAAGCAUAGUGUCCGGGUUGAGCUUCGCGCCUAGCGACUCUGAGCUUCUGCUCGAAAAAAAGAAGAUCGAACAAAAAAUUCAAACGGUUGAAGAAGAAAAAAAUCGCCGAGUCAUCAAAAAAGGCUGCGAACAGCCGAUACGUCAAAAUAUCCGGAUUGGUCCUUAUCUCUUCGAGUUCAUGUCCGAAUACCUGACCGAGGGCACGAGGCCCUACGAGGAUGAGUACGGCGCGACUCACUGGCCGGUUCUGUUCUUGUACGAUGAAUACCAUCAGACAGACUUCGUAAAGGAUUUUUCUGAGCUGCACACCUUCAAACAGCACUUGCAAGAAAUGUUUCCCGAAGAAGUGUACUGCGAUUGGGAUAGGAGGCGGGAAUACGUCUACCAUCGCCUAGAGGUCUACGUGGUCGUCAAUCACGUGCCUCCCUUACACGGGAGAGCUAAGGGACCGCCCAGAAAGGUCAGGGUCAGCCUGACGACGACCUUAAAGCAAGUCCUCGAACAUGCGGAGUACAUCGUUCCGGGAUAUCCUGUGUUUUAUGUCGUCGUUUCGGAUUCGGACUUCAAGAAGGCAUUUUUGAAAAGACCUAUUGAGACGAGGUUUGGCGUUCGAUAG